GUGUAUUCAUUCAAUUUUAGUAUCGGCAACAUGAAGGUCUUGGCUGUGGCAUUACUGGCUUUAGUGGCGGUGUCUUCCGCAAGGCAUAUUGGCUUGGAAGAUGUGAUCGAUCUGGAAUCUCUCACCGCCUACGAUUAUUUCAACAAAGUCGGAAUACCCUUAGCUGAGGAAAUUCGACAAGCUGAGAUAGAAGCCGCCGCUAACCCUUCUAGAAUUGUUGGUGGAUCUGCAGCCAGUGUUGGACAAUUCCCUUACCAGGCUGGUCUCGUCAUUGACCUGUCGUGGGGAAGAACUGGUGUCUGCGGUGGUUCUUUGCUCAACUCACGAAGGGUCCUGACUGCUGCUCACUGCUGGUUCGAUGGUCAAAACCAAGCCAGGGCUUUCACAGUUGUUCUUGGUUCUGUUCAACUUUAUACCGGUGGCACCAGGCUUACUACUUCAAGUGUAACUAUGCAUGGAAGCUGGUCUCCCAGCAUGAUCCGUAAUGACAUUGCUAUGAUCAAUUUGCCAUCCGCUGUUUCUACAUCUUCUACCAUCGGUUUCAUUGCACUGCCUUCUGGUAAUGAGAUCAACAACCAAUUUGUCGGAUUUACUGGUACUGCCUCAGGCUUCGGUAUCACCAGAGAUGGUGGAAGUGUCAGCGGUGCUAUGAACCACGUAAACUUGCCUGUGAUUUCUAACGCUGUGUGCUGGGAGACUUUCACGAUUUACAUUCAGGCAUCAAACAUUUGUACCAGCGGCGCUGGCGGCAGGAACAUUUGCAGUGGUGACUCCGGUGGCCCUCUUGUUGUGACCAGCGGUGGCAGACGUAUCUUGGUCGGUGUCAGUUCGUUCGUAUCUGGUCGCGGUUGUCAGUCUGGUGCCCCCGGUGCCUACGCCAGAGUCACCUCCUUCAUUAGCUGGAUCAACCAACGCCUUUAAGCAAAUAACUGUGACCUGAACGAAGCCGUUUAAUGGCAAUGUUUUUUCUAAGUCAAACAGAUUUAAUGUUAUGAGAUCAAAUAAAAUAUUAUUAUUUAUUAUAACAA